AUGAUGCAGAGCGAAAUCAAAGUCAGCCUGGGAAAGGCGCAGGUAAUUGAUAACGUGCCAAAGGUUAUCAAGGAGCUGAAAUUCGGCGCAUUAUCAGACAACGAUGUUAUCAGCCAAGCCGUCGUCGAAGUCUCGGACCGAAGAUUCUACGAUCUCGAGCGAGAUCGCGUCGUGCAAGAAAAUGGCCCCCUUGAUCGCAGACUCGGUAUCAGUGGUAAAAUGGAAACGUGCUUGACAUGCGGUUUAGGACAUAAGGACUGCAACGGCCAUUUCGGACAUGUGAAAUUAGUGCUUCCGGCAUUUCAUAUUGGAUAUUUCAAGAGAGUUAUUGGCAUUUUGCAGGUUAUUUGCAAGGAAUGUUCGGCGAUAUUGUUGCCGGAGGCCGAGAGGCGCGCGUUCUUGAAGGAGAUGCGGCGGCCGAGGCUGGAUAAUCUGCGGCGAUUGCAGGUUGCGAAGAGAGUUGUUGAGCGAUGCAAGAAGACGCGAGAUUGUCCUCGAUGCGGUGCGAUUAAUGGUGUGGUGAAAAAGGCCGGUACGGCGGCGCUGAAAAUCGUGCACGAAAAGUUCCGCCACUUCAAUCAGUCGACCUCUGCGAAAAAGGUCCCGCCUAUUAGCAAAAUUGUCUUUGAUAAUUCUCUAGCGGAAGCCAGAGCUUCGAAUCCAGAUGUUGACAGAUUUUACAAGAAGGCGCAAGAUGAUUUGCACGCGCUUCGGGUUAUGAAUCUGUUCAAGAAGAUCACGAAUUCGGACUGUGAGCUUCUGGGCUUGGAUCCUACGGAAGUCCGUCCGGAGACUUUUCUCUGGCAGUAUAUUCCUGCUCCGCCAAACUGUAUUCGUCCUUCGGUGAGCCAGGAUGGCGCAUCUAACGAAGAUGAUUUGACUGCCAAACUCGGUGAUAUUGUGCAGAGCAACAUCACACUGAGGAACAAUUUGAGAAAGGGAGCGCCGGUUCCGACUUUGAUGGAAUGUUGGGACUACAUGACGCUACAGAUAGCUAUCUAUAUCAAUGGUGAUGUUCCUGGUCUGAAAGGCGAGGCUGGCAAACCGACUCGGUCGCUGGUUUCUCGUUUGAAAGGAAAGCAAGGUCGAUUCCGUGGUAACUUGUCAGGAAAACGUGUCGACUUUUCUGGACGUACCGUCAUCUCACCAGACCCUAAUCUACGAAUUGACGAGGUUGCAGUUCCGGAACUAGUUGCGAAAAACAUGACCUACCCGGAGAUUGUGACUCGUUACAAUCUGGAAUACUUGCAGAAACUGGUGCGCAAUGGUAUCAACAAAUGGCCCGGUGCUAAAAAAGUCAUCAAAAAGGACAGUGGUUUGACAAUCUCGUUGAAACACUCUGCAAGAAGUCUGGACUCGAUAUCCAAGCAGCUGCAGAUUGGAGAUCUCGUGGAACGUCAUCUUGUUGACGGCGAUAUUGCGCUUUAUAAUCGACAGCCAUCUUUGCACAAACUUAGUAUUCUUUCACAUUUUGUCAAGGUCCGCCCUUAUAGGACAUUCCGCAUGAACGAGUGUGUCUGCAAUCCGUACAAUGCCGAUUUCGAUGGUGACGAAAUGAAUUUGCAUAUUCCUCAAACUGAGGAAGCUCGUUCUGAAGCGAUGGAACUUAUGGGUGUGAAGAACAACCUGGUGACGCCAAAGAACGGAGAGCCAAUUAUUGGAGCUAUUCAGGAUUUCAUUAGUGCGGCAUAUGUGUUGAGUAGCAAGGACAACUUUUUUGAUCGAAGAUCUUUUACUCAGAUCUGUUUGUAUAUGCUUGGACCGGAAACGCGAUUCGACCUUCCACCUCCGGCUAUUCUCAAGCCUGAGAUGAUGUGGACCGGAAAGCAGGUAUUCAACAUCCUUAUGCGUCCAAACAAAGACGAUCCCGUCAAAGUCAACAUCGAUGCAGCUUGUCGAGAGUUCAAGGCGCCAAAAGACGGACAGCCAAAAGAUCUAGAUCCCAACGACGGUUGGUUGGUCAUUCGAAAUUCGGAGAUUAUGUGCGGUGUCAUGGACAAGAGUACAAUCGGAUCUGGAAAGAAGGACAACGUUUUCUACAUUAUGCUUAGAGAUUUCGGCCCACCGGCUGCAGCCGAGGGAAUGAACCGGUUGUCUAAACUGUGUGCCCGCUGGUUUACCAAUGUUGGAUUUUCAAUCGGUAUCACAGACGUUUAUCCCAGCGAAAGGCUGGUUCGAACGAAGAAUGAACUUGUCGAGACAGCUUAUGCUGCUUGUGACGAGGUCAUUGCCCAGUACAAAGCCGGAAAGCUCGAAAAGUUGCCUGGUUGCGAUGAGCUCCAGACCAUGGAGAGUCAAGUCUCUGGUAUUCUGUCCAAAGUUCGUCAACAAGCUGGUGAGGAGUGUAUCAAGCAGCUCAGCAAAUACAACGCCCCUCUUAUCAUGGCCACGUCUGGAUCCAAGGGUUCCAGUAUCAACGUCUCGCAAAUGGUUGCUGUCGUCGGUCAGCAGAUUAUCAGCAGUGAGCGUGUGCAAGAUGGUUUCCAGGACCGAACGCUACCUCAUUUCCCGAAAAAUGCCCGUCAUCCACCGUCAAAGGGUUUUGUGCGAAAUAGUUUCUUUUCCAGCUUGUCGCCUACUGAGUUCUUCUUCCACGCCAUGUCUGGUCGUGAAGGUUUGAUUGAUACUGCCGUCAAGACUGCCGAGACUGGUUACAUGUCUCGUCGUUUGAUGAAAUCCUUGGAGGAUUUGUCGGCCAAGUAUGAUGGUACUAUUCGCACGUCAUCUGCUAGUAUUGUGCAAUUCAGUUAUGGUGGAGAUGAUUUGGAUCCGGUGGAUAUGGAGGGAAAAGCCAAACCUGUUCACUUUGAUCGAACAUAUAACCACGCUAUGGCUAUUACGCACAAUAAUAACGAGCGAGGUUUGCGCCCGUCAGAAAUUCGGGCUAUCACAGAAGAGUUACUCUCCCAAGAACGAAAGAGAUAUGUCCGCAAAGGCCUCUUCGGCGAAGAUCUUCCGUACAAUGACGAAAGCGAUUACGGUACUGAUCAAUUAGGUGGUGCACGUGCUUUCCUUGACUCUAUUCAGGAACACAUUGAGAAAAAAGUGGUGGCUAUGGAAAAAGCAAUGGACAACUCUCUUUCGGAUGAAGAAGCUCGAAUGACACUUGACCAUGUCGGAAAGCUGUCGGAGGGAUCAUUGCGAUAUUUCAUCAAGUCUUGUCUGUUCAAAUACGAAAAGGCCAAGAUCGAGCCAGGCCAUGCUGUGGGUGCAGUUGGAGCGCAGUCUAUUGGUGAGCCUGGUACUCAGAUGACUCUGAAGACUUUCCAUUUUGCUGGUGUCGGUAACUUGGCACUUACGCAGGGUGUCCCCCGUAUCAAGGAAAUUAUCAACGCUUCGAAAGAGAUUAGUACUCCAGUUAUUACCUGCCACCUCGCCGUCCCGGAUAAACUUCACGCAGCACGUAUCGCGAAGGGCAGAAUCGAAAAGACGUUCUUGCGUGAUAUCAUUCACUACAUACGCGAGUCCUGGUCAGACAAGGAAGGUUAUAUUACCGUCAAACUGAACUGGGACACUAUUGAAAAUCUACAGCUCGAGUUGACCCUCCCCCAAAUCAGGGAGGCUAUUACGAGUCACCGCCGCUUCAAGGGAAGCGAUCUCUCGGUCGACGUCCUUCGAUCGCAUAUCAAGGUCCGAGUGGAUAUGGACCCGAGCAGCAAGGCCGGACUGAGCAAGACGGAUAUUGCCGCUACGAGUGCAGACCCGUAUCUACGUUUGAAGCAUCUCAAGCGUAUGUUGCCGGAUAUUCAGGUCUUGGGACAUCCACAAGCCAGGCGCGCUAUUAUACAUUCUGAGCGCGGGCUUAAUAAGUUGCUGGUUGAAGGAUAUGGGCUGCGGGCGUGUAUGAAUACUGAUGGAGUUGAGGGAGUGCGGACAAAGACCAAUAACGUCAUGGAGAUGCGGGCAGUUCUCGGCAUUGAGGCAGCGCGAGAGACUAUCAUCAACGAGAUGGGCGAAGUCAUGAAGGACAUGGACAUUGAUCCACGUCAUAUGCACCUUCUAGCAGAUAUCAUGACCACAAACGGCGAGGUUCUAGGAAUCACCCGUUUCGGCAUGGCCAAAAUGCGCGACUCGGUCCUGCAGCUGGCAUCCUUUGAGAAGACCGCUGACCAUCUCUUCGACGCCGGCGGAACGGGUCGUACGGACCGCGUGGAGGGCGUGUCGGAGUGUAUUAUUAUGGGCAAGACGGUGUCUCUGGGUACGGGCGCUAUGGAGGUUGUGCGCAAACUUAACUUUUAUGAGGGCCAUACGGGGGCGAAGAAGACGGUGUUCGAGGAUGUGUGGAGUGAGACUCAUCGCGAGACGAGGAGGAAGAAGAGGUAG